CGGCGACGACAACAACGGGCAGAAAUCUCACACGCAAUUAAAAAUCCAUUAAAAAAGAAAAAUGAAAAGAGAAAAACCGAAACGGAUCUCCAUGAGGAGCACUGCAAAUCUGGACACCAACUACAACUGACCUGGAUUCUUCAUUCACUCAAGUGACUCAUCCCUCAUCUCUUUCUUUCUCUCUCAGACCCUUUUGCGUUUUAUCCAUAAACCCUAAUAGUUUUCCCCCAAAUCCUCACUCCAAAAUUGAUCUGCAAUAAAGGCUAAUUUGACACUGUGCACUGGUCAAUGCAAUGGUGGUCUGCAAAUGUCGAAAGGCUACCAGAUUGUAUUGUUACGUGCACAAGGUUCCGGUUUGUGGCGAAUGCAUGUGUUUUCCGGAGCACCAAAUAUGCGUGGUCCGUACUUACUCAGAAUGGGUAAUAGAUGCAGAAUAUGAUUGGCCAAAUAAAUGCUCCCAGUGUCAAGUAGCACUUGAAGAGGGGACGGGUCCUCAAACUACUCGAUUGGGUUGCUUGCAUGUUUUACACACAAAUUGCUUGGUUUCACAUAUCAAAAGUUUUCCUUCGCAUACAGCACCAGCUGGAUAUGUGUGUCCUGCAUGUUCCACUUUGAUUUGGCCUCCUAAGAGUGUUCAUGAUUCAGGAUCACGUCUUCAUUCAUUGCUGAAGGAAGCUAUUAUGCAGACUGGUAUGGAGAAGAAUUUGUUUGGAAGUCAUCCGGUUUCAUUGGCAGCAACCGAAUUUCAUGGUCCUCCUCCUGCGUUUGCAUCAGAUCCUCUAAAUGCAGUACCUUCUCUUGGAGGCAUGGACAACAAUGCAAGUUCACCCUUAGAAGCACAAGAUGAAAUAAAUGUUAUUGCAGGAUACUCAGCUGCUGCUGGAGCAGGAUCUUCCAAAGUUCCAGAUAUUCUGGAGGUAGAUGGUCCUAGUACGGCUGGGAAUUUUAUGAAAGGCUCAAGCCCGCCUGGUGCUACAACACGAAAGGGUGCCUUCCAUGUUGAACGACAAAACUCAGAAAUUUCAUAUUAUGCAGAUGAUGAAGAUGGGAAUCGUAAAAAGUAUAGUAAAAGGGGUCCAUUCCGGCAUAAGUUUCUUAGAGCUUUGCUUCCUUUCUGGUCUACUGCAUUACCAACCUUACCAGUGACAGCACCUCCACGAAAAGAUGCAUCAAAUAACAAUGAUGUCCCUGAAGGUCGUGUGCGGCAUCAAAGAUCAUCAAGGAUGGAUCCGAGAAAAAUCCUGCUUGUUAUUGCAAUCAUGGCAUGCAUGGCAACUAUGGGUAUUUUGUAUUACAGACUAGUGCAAGGGGGUUUUGGUGUGGAGCUGCCUGAGGAUGAACAGCAGUGAUCAUCUGCGAGGUUCUAAUGCAGAUGGGGUGAUUCUGCUUUAAUGGAGACCUGCUGGUUACUGGUGCUCCUGCUGCUGUGUUUUUGUUCUGGUCCUCUAUCUGGACAUGGUGCUGGUUUUCAGUGAAAAGUUGUCGGGAUCUUCAUUUGAGUGUUGAUGACAGUAACAUGUUACAUAUAUUUGCUUGGCCUUUUUAACCUUUAACCCUUGUUUAUCUAUGUUAUGAAUUUAGAUGGAAGUGAAAAGGAAAAUAUUUUGUUCAAACUGCAUUAUUUUGUAAUUAUCUAUUUGAGUCAAUAAACAUGCAAGACUAAGGAUUCCUUGACCA